AUGGCUAUAACAGCUUCAGAUGAUAUUGAAAAACUGAAAGAAUUAAGAAAAUCUAAUCCUACGAAAGCUAAAAAUUUUUUAAAAAAACUAAAAAAGAAAAAUGCCAAGAAGAUAAAACAGAAUAAAAAGAAUAGUACUCUGGAUGAGGUAGAAGAAAACACAAAAGAGGAGACAACAAUUUUGAAUGACGAUACCUACGUAGAAUAUGUUGAAGAGGAUAUUGAUGAAGCCUUAUACGAAAACUUCGAAGACGUGUAUAAAAAGUUCAAACUUAAUAGUAAGGAUGGAAUUGAAAAGAAGGAAUUUUCUGAACAAGUACAGAAGCCUUACUUUGAAGACUCCGAAUCAGAUGAUAAUGAUGAAGAAGAUGAACAUAGAAAUAGUAUGAAGUAUAAGAAAAAUAUUUCAAAGAAAGCAAAAAAAUUAUUAAAAAGACCAUCUGUUAUGAAAUUAAAAGAGUUUGCUCCCAAACCAGAAUUAGUAGAAGUAUGGGAUACAACUUCAAGUGAUCCAUAUUUUUAUGUAUGGAUAAAAUGUUUAAAAAAUUCUAUACCAGUACCACAACAGUGGUGUCAAAAAAGAAAAUAUUUACAUGGAAAAAGGGGUAUUGAGAAAAUACCUUAUAGAUUACCUCCUUAUAUACAAGAUACCAAAAUUAGUGAAAUAAGACAAGCUAUUAAAGAAAAAGAAGAACAGAAAUCAUUAAAACAAAAAAUGAGAGAUAGAGUACGACCAAAAUUACAUACUAUGGAUAUAGAUUAUCAAACAUUACAUGAUGCAUUUUUUAAAUAUGCAACCAAACCAAAACUAGUUAAAUUUGCAGAAGUAUAUUAUGAAGGUAAAGAAUUUGAAUUAAAAAAAAAAAAAUUUAGACCAGGUGUUAUAUCUGAAAAAUUAAGAAACGCCUUAAAUAUAGAACCAAAUGAACCUUUACCUUGGUUAAUUAAUAUGCAAAAAUAUGGUCUACCUCCAUCUUUUCCAUAUCUAAAAAUUCCAGGACUAAAUGUGUCAUCUCCUAAUGAUCCUACUUCUGAUAUGGGGAAACAUAUAAUAUCAAAAGAUGAAAAUAUAGACGAAUCUGGAAAUAUUAUUUAUGGAAAUUUUAUUUCUCAACAUGUUACUGAUAGUAAUAAUAAUAAAUACGCAGACGAUUUCUUAUGGGGUGAAAUGGAUGAUAAAUAUGAAGACGAAGAAGAAGAUGAAAAGGAUGCAGAGGAACCAGAUGAGGAGGGCGACCAAGAGGAAGAGGAAGAGGAAGAUGAAGAGGAUGAUGAAGAGGCAGAUGAUGAAAAAGAAAUAGAUACUUAUGAUGAAAAUGAUGAUAAUAUAAAUAUUGUAGGACGUAAAAUGAAAAAAAAGAAAAAGAAAGGAAAAAAGAAAAAUAUUAAACAAACAGAUAAUAUGGAUCAUGAACAUAUAGAUCAGAAAAAUAUUGAUAUUAAUUUAAAUCCUCAUAAUGAGGAAUUAUUAAAAAAUAAUUAUUCAAGUGGUAUGUACAGUGUUAUGACAAAUUCAAAAAUGAAUGCAGGAUCAUAUACACCUUAUAUGGAUAGUGGAAUUACAUCAGUAGAUUUAACUUCAUUUAUAUCAGGUUAUGACACACCUAAAUAUAUACAUAAUAAUCAUCAUACUAAUUUUAUUAAUGCACCUAAUAUGAAGCCAUAUACUAUUCUACAAAGGGAAGAUGUACCUAUAGAACAAAAUGCUUUGUUUGCAUCAAAUGUAAAGUAUAAAAUUAAUCCUCCACAACCUCCUUCAGGGAAACCACCUACUUUGUCUGAAGGUUAUAUUACACCAUAUACAAAUGUCAAUACACCUAAAACACCAUAUGUUCAUAUUGAAAUACCUAAUAAUGCACCUGCUACUAGUACAAACAUAGAAGAUGUACGUAAAGAACUAAAUAAAUUUGAAGAAAUUUCUAAUAAGGUAAAAAUGGUCUCUGCACAAAUUGAUCCUCCAAAGAAAGACAAGAAAGACGAAAAGCAGAAAAAGAAAAAAAAAAACUUCAAAUUUUGA